AUGGAUCCCACCUGGGCAAACGUCUUGCAACAGGUAAAUGAGGCUCCACUUUGCUCCUUCAUCUUCGGCGCGGUAAUCCCAGGCGAGCGGCUGGUAAGAAAUUGGCGUUUGAAUGGGAGAAUAAUGGUAGGCUUAGAAUGGGGAUUUUUGGAUCGGUAGACAUCGUAGUUUUGCUCACCUACAAGGAAAGUCAUUUCACUUCGAGUCUUUGAUUUUCUUUGUUCUUAAAAACUUGCAAGAGUACUCAUCGAUGUACCACAUGAAGAUCUUGAUGCGAAAUUUUCUUUUUUUCGAGAAAACUAUCAAAAACCGUUAAAAUGGUUCUCUUGAGGAUUAUUCUCGAAAAACAAGAAGUUGGACUGGGAUCGCCAUCGAAUCCUUUAGAGAACAAUAAAUUCAUAAAGUACGAACAAAAGUUGGCGUGAGUUUCGGAACAUAUAUAUGUAUUGAUUUUCCGAUUUCAGGAGCUUUAUUGAAAUUUUCGCAUUUUGAAACAAGUAUAAUUGUAAAUUGGAACCCUCGAAGGUAUUUCAGACCUGAAGAUUGAAUUUUUUCAUGUUAGUCUGUAAUUUUUGAACAAUAAUAACACCAAAUAUUCAAAAAAAAAAAGACGCUUUAAAAAAUCUGAAACAAUAACUAUGAAGAAUUUUGAAAAAAUCUUUUUCAGAAUUUUCGUUUUUUGCUCGACAAAAUCGGAAAUUUUUAAAUACUAACACCUUGGCAACACGAAAAAAAGACGAAAACUGUUAUAAAUCCCCAUAAACGGUCAUAUAUAAUAUGUGUGAGCAGACAUGUUUCACACUAGAUUGCUACUCUCACCAAAGAUUGAUAUCUGUUGGAUUUCCGAGUCUCUGCUGCCCAAGUCAGGCGCUCCUUUGAUUUACAAUGGUGUUUUUGGUACGGGGGCGGGAACCGAAUCCAACAGCCGAUACUUGUUGGUUGCGCCAUCGCAGCUGGGAACUAGUCGUCUGCUUUUUCGUCCCCGUUUUACAGGCUUCUUGGGAACGCAUCCGCUUCUUUUUUCGUUUCGUUUACUUCUCAUAAACUUUUCCGGUGGUUCUUGGGAAUUCUUCUCGAUUUUCGUUUUUUUUUUUUCUGGACUUUUCGGCGCACUUUUUGAUGUUUCAAUCUCAAAAAAGGCUUACUCAUUAGAAAUCUAUUCGCCUUUUUUUUUCGUUUUCCUUCAAUCUUCAAGUUUUUUCGGUAAUCUUGUUGCGAAUUUUUUUCGAUUUACCGUGUUUUUUUUUGGACUUGUCGGCUUGACUUUUAGCGUUUUAAGAUUCUAAAAAGGCUCCGAACAGUUUCAAACUUGUUAUUUUUAGAUUUAGAGAAGCUGAGAGCUCUGCUGGACCAUUUUCUAAAAUUUGAGCUUCUAAAAAACUUUUUCAGCUGGGUUUUUUGUCACGUUAUUUUUUUUUGACGCUUUCAGGUCAUUUUUCUAAUUUUUCCAUGCCUUUUUUCACUACUUUUGGGGGUUUCAGCUUCCAGGAAAGCUGAGAGCAUUUUUAGGUUAAAUAGAAGGACGCUGGACUUUUUAGAACCUUUUCUUGGCAUUUUUAAUGUUGCAAAUACGGUUUUGUGGGUUUUAGCUUCUAUAAGGGCUGACAUUUUUUUCUGUUAAAAUAAAAUGAACACGGACUUUCCUGGGAAUCUCCUCUUGAUGUUUUUUCUAUCGGUCCUUCCUUUUUGAAAGUUUUUAGAAGGUCGGAAGACCAACUUCUCAAGAAGCUGCCUCACUGAAAAAGCUGACAACGGCCUUGGAAGUUCGCGUUUUUCUUGGUUACCGAACCUCGGUCAUAGUAACGUCUUCUCCCACUCCUCAACGACGUCUUCUGAAGUGGGUGUGGCGUGUUUACCGAGUCGGAAACUUCACAUCCCGAGGAAGAUGAAGACGAAGACAUAAUCCGCGUGCGGCGACGCAUGUUUCCUUCUCCUCAUCGCAGGUCCAUUAGUGUUCGCACCCACUUGCGUCACACCUCCACACACUUGUUCCUUCCUUCCUUCUUUGUACAGUUGUCGUCUCGAUAACUUGUCCCCGAGGAAGUUACCCGUCCAUGAAAUGGUGGGUAUAUGACUGAGAAGCUCAAAAAACCAUGAUGUUCAUCACGAUCGAAAGAAAGCUUUUCUGUGCACGAUCAUACAAAGUUUUAGGGCGGUAGAGUUGAAUAAGAAUCGAAAUUGGAUCAUUCCUGGUUAAAAAAAUUUUUCGAGACGCUUUUCAUAAAUAUGACGCUGUACGGAAUCGCCAAACGAAAUCUUUCCGGGGAAAAAAAAGAGGUGGAAAAAAUAGCCUCUUGAGAUAGGACUGUUGCGCUCUAUUGAUAACCCUAGAUAAACUCACAAGAUUGUGGCUUUUCCUCUUACCCUCUCCGGUUUGGGGCCUUCUUUGAGGAUUUAUCAAUAGAGCGCAUUUGUUUCGGGUAAUUAAGCUAUUUUCUAACCUUACUUUUUUUCUCACCUUAAAGAGCUUUAAAGUGAAAAAAUAUUUUUUGGUUUUUAACUUGAACCUCCAAUUUUUGAAAAAAAAAUUUCGUUAUUAUGAAACUGGAGCUUUUGAAGUUCUAACUAUACGGAAUCUAGGAUUCUGUACCAAAAUUUGAAAAAAGUUUGAGCAAAUUCAAAUUUCGAAAGCGGUACCUUUUCCACGCCGACACACUCCAACAUCUCAUAUUUACCCAAUCACUUUUUUUUUGAAUAUUAAUUGUCGGCACGGCGGCGAUUGUCUCUCUCUGAGUCGGCGGCCGCGGGAAGUUCUUUCGCGGUCACCGACCAGCUCCAUUCACGCCUCCUAAUAUCCUGCACUAUUCAUCGAAGGCCUUGUUCCGAUUCGAUAGGUUUUAUUCCAAAUCGGGUUAGCCCAUAAGGCUAUUUUUCGAAGUUUCUUUUCAUAUUUUGGUUUUUGAAGAAUGAUAGGUUUAUCCACUGUAAACACUAUGAAGAUAGUCAAAUCUGACAGAUUUCACUCCGAAUCUGGUUAGAACACAUUUUUUGAAUUUUCAGCUUUUUGAAAUUUUUAGUCAAAUCUGAGAGGUUUAACCCCGUAUCUGGUUAGGUUUCCAUGAGAGAAAUUUUUUUUUCAUUUAUUUUUUUAGUCAAAUCUGAUCAAAGUCUAGUAAGGCCUUUUUGAACUUUACGUUUUUUUUGUUUUGUGUCAAAUUCAUUCUAUAUGAAAUUUUAUAGGGCCCAAUUCAUUAAUAUAGUACAGAAAAGGUCUUUUUUUCGAAAAGUUCUAUCAGAAAAAAAUAAAUCAAAAAUAUUUUUUUUUUUCUAAUCCCUUAAAAGCCUACAGUAACUGACCACCGUAGACCGAUUCAUCGAAAUUCAAUUACGCUAUAAUCUUCAAACUUGGAACUUAUAUCUUUUGUUUACUAAAGGAUCAUGUUGACUGGGCCCAAAUUUGUCCUUAUCGGUUCAGCCUCCACUUAGGGCCCGCCUCCUUUUAGGGGAGUAUUGCGGCGAAGAAGUGGGCGGAGCCAAUUUGUCAUUUGCGAUUUACACGGCGCCCCGCUAAUCGUUUUCCUUGAUCCGUAUGAUAUCUAUUGUCUUUUUGAAAGUUUUUCGGGAUUCUGAAAUUUCUAAAAAACUUGGGGAACCCUUAGAAACCUGUGAAGUUCAGAAUUUCCAGAUUUUACUCUCAAAAAAUUUUUUUAUUUGAAAUUCAAUGGGGUUCAAGCAUGUCAAUUGAAUAUUUUCGUCAGGCAUAUGGAAAUUUCUGAUUUUCUGAAUUUUUUUUACUUACCUAUCUAUCGUUAUACCGCAGUUUCGAUUUUUAACUUUUUUCAUCUAAAUUUUCCGUUUCAGCAUGUCCCCAAAAUCUUCAAGCCGCCUGUCGCACUCGGACUACGGAUCGACGUCUUUCUCCUCGGAUGACGACGAGUUCACGAUGAUGUCAUCGAGAUUGGCGCCGACGACGCCGCCAGGCGUCUGCCCUCACUGCAGCAAGGUCUUCGAGCAGGUAUAUCAUUCUUUAAUUUGAAAAAUGAACUCUCUCUGUUUUUCAUUUCAAACAGCCAUCAGAACAGUUAGGAGAGUUGUGAGAAGUUUCAAAAAGGAGAAAAAAUAGCUUCAUGUAAAACGUCUUCUGUGCUCCAAGGAUAAACUGAGAAAAAAUGAUCUACAAGGCAUCGAAAGAAAUUUUAGUGACAGUCACAAACUAAGAGAACUUUGGAAUAUUCAGCGAAAAAUUGAGAAAAUAUAGCCUCGCGUUAUGAGGUUAUAUGCUACAUUGCUAAAUAAAACUAUCAAGGAAGCUCCUAAAAUGAAAUCUGAAGAAUGGCUGGGUAUAAAAUUUUGGGAAGAAUAGUCUCACCAGCAUGUCUGCUCUGAUGCGAAGUUCAGAAAAAAAAAUUUUAAAAUUCAAUAAAAAAUAAGGAAAAGUUCCUUAACUGGUCUUUUUGCGAAGCUCAAUGUUGAAAUUUUCGUGAGUUCAGAUCAUUUUCUAAGCGGGCACUUGAGUAAUUUCAGAUUUUUCCUCAAACUACCACUUAAAAUUUUUAAAAUUAACAUCCAAUUUUCCACCUGAGAGGUUUCAAAUAAUUCUUUAAGCGUCUGGGUAUCUGUAGACUAUCCAUCAAGAAGCCACUUGAGUAGUUACAGGAAUUUCUUCGAAUCUUCACUUGCGUGAUUUAUUUUUUUGCUAAGUUGUCACCAUCCAAAAACUCAUCCGUAGAGGCCAAACCCAUCAUCUGCGAAUACGGAACAAGAAGAGGAAGAUUGACAAGGCUGAAGGCGUUGCGCAACCUGCGCUCCAUGGGACAUGCUGGGGUUUAGGUGGAUAUUGGAAAUUUGUUUGCCGACCCAUUAGCUUCAGCUCGAACUCAUCUCUAUUUGAACUUCUUAAGUCCCGAGCCUAAGGGCGGUUGGUCACCUGGUGUCGCCUCACGCCCAAGUGUGCCCGAGCUCGCGCUAAUUGGCGGUUAGCCUCGAGAGCCCUCUUCUUCUUUCUUCUCUCUUGUUGCUCCUUAAUAGGCUCUAAUUUUACGAGAAGUAUUGUGCAAUACACCCGCAAAUUACGGGGGUGUUUUUUGGGACAACAAUAAGAGUGGAAUAUUUUUUGGUUUGAAGUGGUUACUGUGUUUCAAAAAUGACGGAAGAGGUAAUUUUCUGAAUUUUAUGAGAAUAUAGAGUUGUAUUCGAGCUAUGGCAUGCAUAAUGAACUAGAGGAAUAAAAACUGCAAAGUUUGAAAAAAAGUACAUGCUGGUCAGUGGAGCACAAGUGUGUUCUUGGAAAAGGCCAUUUCUCAAAAGAACUUUUUUAUAGAGUUAGAUAGAGUAAGGAAAGUUAGGAUUUUUGGACAGCACUAUUUUUGAUUUUUUUAAUUGAAUUUUGAGAAAAAAUACAAAAUUGUCGGUGGAGCGCAUGUGUGCACUUGGUUGAGGCUAAAUUUCAAAAAUAACUUUUUUUUUCCCCUUACUGUUUCUUGGCAAGUUCUAGUUGAACGAGAAAUGAGUAUUUUGCAUUGUUUCCGCCAAUUUCUGCGUUGUUUUUGGGGUAAAAAAAAGUGAGAAACUUGGCCAGGUUGACGUAAGUUUCAGAAUAUAUAUUAAUUUUCAAUUUCAAAAGGAUUGUCAAUUUUUUUGACACACACAUAAAAAAAAGCGUGAAAUGAGACCUUCAAACCUCUUGAUCUCGUUUUAGCCGUUAACUUUGACGAAAAAAGACUCGCAAUAAAAUUUUGAACACUGAUACGGUAGCCUUCUCGCUUAAUUUUGAAGCGGGACCCGCAAAAAAAUUUUUGAAAUUGUAGUUUUUUUUAGAUCAUUGGGGAUCCAUAGAUUUUUUAAAAGUUAGUUUGAAUGCUGGUCACUAACUUUUUACUCUUUUCUUCUCAUUCACAGCGAAGUAUCCUCCUUGGAUAGGUUCUGACGUUUGAACGACGUUCAAUUGAAGUGAAGUGCCGGAUUUGGAGGUACUCAAAACACGUAACUUUGCCGUCCAGCUGUUCCCCAUUGUUUUGUCGAAUAGGCCGAUCCCCUCUUGACAACGGUUUUACUUCUAACGAUUUCGAUUCUUAUUCAAAUUAGAUGUUUGAUGGGCUCAGAAUGGUACCAUUCUAAGUAGCUUUUUGUACUUUUAUGAGAUCGCAAGGCAAGAAAAAUCAUGAAAGAGGAGAAGUUUUUGAAACAUGGUACUGCGCGAUUUUCACGAGUGAAUCUAGAUGUUCCUUUCCUUGGCUGGAAGGGUAAAAGUCAAACUUCGAGGCUUUAUAACUCGGCUUGAAAACAAAAAAAAUAUUCUUUUUUUUCCAUGGUUUCUAGAGCAUUUCAAGAAUGUAGACAUUCUGCAUGCUUCGUUAUUCUUCCUGUAAGAAGGAAUUCCAGCCGGUCUCCCUGCAAUGCGGCCACUCUCUCUGCCUCGUUUGCUGCCACUCGCUCCUCGUCGCGGCUUCUGAAGCCCCGGUGCCGUCGACGCCGUCCCGACGACCUCGGAUGGGCGUCAGUAGCUACGUCGGCUUCCAAAGACCUGAAUCCAGGUAAUUUUUCGAUUUUCCUAAGUUUUAAAGGUGCACGGGUGGUAAAAAGCGCACUUUAUGCAACAUUUUCGAACGGAUCGUAUUAAAUAAUUUCAAAUAAUGUCACCUAGAAAAUAAGUGAAUUCGUCUGUAUGAAAUGAAGAAGUUUAAAAACUAUUACGGAUAUAGGCCCUAUAUUAAUUGAAAUUUGAGUAAAGCAUAACGGAUAUGUGAGCGUUACAACGUAAGUUAGAGAUAUUAGUGGUUUCGAGUACUUCGACCUUCAAGUAUUUAUUAUUUAAAAUAAAAAAAAGAUUCAAAGCUUCCAAAAUUCAAAAAAACCUUCAGAGCUUCCACGCCAAGCCUCGGAAACAACAACGGAGCUGCCUACCGUACCCCCCAAUGCAUCGUCUGUGGAGCCCCGCCAAACAUGGCUUCCCCGAUCCCGAAUCUAGAGCUCGAAAGCUUUCUGAGGAACAUCAGAACCCUCAGACUCAACGAAUUCCCGAGCAGCACUUCCGAUUUUGAUCGAAGACCUCAGAGGUAGUGGAAUCUGAAGAAUUUAUGAAAUGAUAAGGUCGAAAUUAAGACUCUCGGAGGCGUUGUGCAUGCACGAGUGUCGGAUCGCCGUCGUUGGAGCCAGAGGGGUUGGCAAAACGUCAUUGGUUGGUUUUCACCUUGCCGCAUAUCUUGAUCUUAGAAUUUUUCUGUGUACUUUAGUUUUCCUGAACAUUAAUGGUAGCUUUAAAGUUUUUUUUUUUUGAAGUUUGAGUAUUAGAGGAAAAAAGCUUCACUAGAACUUUAGAGUUUUAAUUACUUCUAUAGAUCUUGAAGGGUUAGGCUACUUUGUACUAAUGAAGAGAGCUAGAGUAAUAUAUCGUCAAGCUUAGGAUUUUCCCGCCCAGUUUAGGACUCACUUAACAAGGACAUUUAAUGAAAGACAGAGUUUCAGAAAAGCCUAAGGUUGCUCUAAACUUAGGAACUCCAGAGUGGUCCCUAUAGGGGUUAGGGGGAAAAAAAGCCCUUAUAGGGACCGAAAAAUUGGUCCCUUUAGGGGUAACAUCAAGGUGGUCUUUAUAGGAGUUUAGGUUCUGACCCCCAAGCUUCAGUGGCCUUAUAGGGGUUAAUAUAGUUUUCCCUAGACUCCCCCUUGUAUCCUGACCCUCCAAGGGCCCCUAAGGUUGCCCCUAUAAGGGCCACUCUGAAGUUCCUAAAAAGAGUAUUCAAGAACUUCAGAUAACUUUAUUGGAUUUCAGAGAAGAAAAAACUAGAAAAUACCUAAAAUUAAACAACUUGUCUAACUUCUCAACUAUUUUCAGACCCGAGUGCAAUACUCGAACGAAAUCAUGUUUCCGGACCUCCUAGGCGACGCCAGUCCCACUGAUUCCUACAUCAUCGACAUCAUCGACGGCGGCGUUAGUAGCUUCAGAAGCAAUUCUUUCAGAAUUCUCCUUUUGCAGGAUCUCGACGAGAGCAUGAACAACGCGCACGGGUUCAUUGUCAUGUACUCGGUGAGCGACCGGCGGUCGUUCUACGAAGCCGCCCAGCUGUUCAAGCAGCUCGAGGUCAACUCCGAGCACAACGUGAGCGAGUUCGAGAGUCGAUUUCGAAUGUAAAAAGUAGUAUUGGGAAGGGUUCAGCAAUUUUUUCGUUCUAUACAUAGUCCUAGAAGGCUUAUAAGGCAUAAGAUAUCUUCGGAAAGUAGGUUACAUAAAAAGUUGAAGUCAUCUUCAAAAAAGUCACAAAUUGCCGGUAACCGUUUAUAAUCCCCUGAUCAAAAAUCAAAAAAGACUGUAGUCGGAUCAUCUCCAACUUUCUUCAGCAGCCAAUCGUCCUCGUCGGCUCGAAAAAAGACCAGGAGAAGAAACGCGAAGUGCCGACCUACGAGGGCCAGAAACUUGGCCGCGCCAUCGGCUGCCCUUUCCUAGAAGUUUCCGCGAAAAGAAACGACUGCGUCAGUGAGGUAACCCCCUUGUGAAGCUUCAAAAUCCCACGAUCUCGAAUUUAAGACCUUCUCCGAGCUGAUGAUCUUGAUUCAGAAACAGCAGAAGCAGUGGCAAGAGACCAUUUCGCGCGCAAUUCGAUGA